GGACUGCAUUGGGAGCGGCAGUGGAUAGCAGCGCCACUGCAAGCUUGCUGCCACAGACAGUCUGACUGCCUGUUUAAUCCUUGCGCGCACUCUACAGUUCUGCAACAGCAACACCACAUCGCUUGUUGCCUCGCACAGUUACAGGGAUUGUGAUCGUGGGGAGAUGGCCGAAUUCAAACAGACCUUGGCGUCUUUAAUAACUACCUGAUUGCAUUGUGGAUUUUAAAAGUCGGCAAUAUCGAAGGGCAGUGGGACUUAUACAUGCUUGGAAAUUUGCGGGACCAGCGCAAGUGGAUUUACGCCUUGAACCACAUUUAUUGUUAUUACUAUUUUACUUUUUUUGUGCCGUGGUGCUCAAUUGGAUGCAGAUUCUGCACAGUAUUACUCCUUGAUCGAGCAGUGAAGAGAGGGUUGUGUGGUUGACUGAAGCCGUUUUUGUUGGAUGUAAAACAAUAAAGAUUUAAUUUCUCCCCAUUCCCCUUCCCUAACCUUCAAUAUGACUUCUCUCUCUGGGAAUAAAGACAGAGGAACCAACAGAAGCCGCAAAUAUGGGAUCACAGAUGCUUCUCCCACGAAAUCAGCUUCAUUUUCUCCGGAGACAUGGUACCGUAAAGCUUACGAAGAGUCCCGGACCGGUAGCCGCCCCGCCCCCGAGGGUGCAGGAUCCAUGCCCGGUUCGUCUGGAACACCAUCCCCUGGAUCUGGCACAUCCUCUCCUGGGUCAUUUUCUGGCUCCCCUGGCACCACAUCCCCGGGAAUCCUCACGGGCUCGCCGGGUUCUCUGGGCGGUUCCCCUGGAUUCGGCACUGGAUCACCUGGUUCUGGCAGCGGGAGCUCGCCGGGGUCUGACCGAGGAGUUUGGUGCGAGAACUGUAACGCACGGCUUGUAGAGCUGAAGAGGCAAGCGCUGAAACUGCUCAUUCCUGGACCCCUGUCAAGCAAGGACCCCUCGUUCCCAGUGCUGCUCCAGGACAAGCUCCAGGUGCCCAACAGCACGCGCAAGGCCUGGAACGAGCGCGACAGCCGCUGCGAUGUCUGCGCCACCCACCUCAACCAGCUGAAGCAGGAGGCCAUCCACAUGGUCCUCACCCUGGAGCAGGGCGAGGCUUCGCCCAGCUCGCCCCCACCCCUGGCCCUGGCCAGCCUGCCCCUGGUGGGCUCCCGCGGGGCCCAGCAGGGCCCGCCCCGGGACUGGGCCUACCUCCCCUCCGCCUACCACACCCCCAGCUCCUCCUCCACCCCCUCAACCAACACCACCACCACCACCAGCUUCUACACGGGCUACCCGAAGCACGGCUCCAAGCCCAACAGUCUCGGCGUGGGAAACGGGGUGGAGAAGAAGAACGGAUCUCCCGCUCACGCCGGCAAGCCCAGCGCUCAGCUGCCGACCCACCCGCCCGUCAGCCCCGGCAACGGAAACGGAAACAUCCUGAGCUCCACGGCCCUCCAGGCGCAUCAGUACGCUGACGGCACCUGGUCCAUGUCUCGCGCCAACGGGGUCACCCUCUACCCCUAUCAGAUAUCCCAGAUGAUCUCGGAGGGGUGCCGGGAGGGGCUCACAGAGGCCGUGCUGAACCGCUACAAUGCUGACCGGCUGCCGCCGUAUAGCUUCCCUGCUCCCCAGGCCCCCGUGGUCACCACGGCGCCCCCUAGUGGCACCUCGGCUGCUGCCUCCUUCUUUGCAAGAGCUGCCCAGAAACUGAACCUGUCCUCCAAGAAGAAGAAACAGCGCCCUGCACCCCCCCUGGCAUGCGAUCCGCCCCUCUUCCCCACCAACUUCAGCGGGAUCCUGCAGACCUCACCCCCCCCCGCCCCGCCCUGCCUGCUCCGCGCUGUCAACAAAGUCAAAGACACCCCCGGACUGGGCAAGGUCAAAGUCAUGCUGCGGGUUUGUCCGGCUCUUCCGGGAGAAGCCUCCGGGUCCAGCUCCUUCCUGAAGGUGGACCCGCGCAAGAAACAGAUCACCAUAAUGGACCCGACCGCCAACGGCCCGCAGAACACCCAGCAGAAACGCGGAGGAGCCAGUCAAGCCCCGCCCAAGAUGUUCGCCUUUGAUGCUGCCUUCCCCCACGAUGCAUCACAGGCUGAAGUGUGCGCGGGCACCGUUGCCGAAGUCAUCCAGUCGGUGGUCAACGGGGCCGACGGUUGCGUUUUCUGCUUCGGGCACUCGAAACUGGGAAAGUCCUACACGAUGAUCGGGAAAGAUGACUCCAUGCAGAACCUGGGCAUCAUUCCCUGUGCCAUCUCCUGGCUCUUCAAACUCAUCAACGAACGCAAGGAGAAGACGGGCGCCCGCUUUUCGGUGCGUGUCUCUGCUGUGGAGGUCUGGGGCAAGGACGAGAACCUGAAGGACCUGCUGUCUGAGGUGGCCACGGGCAGCCUGCAGGAUGGCCAGUCCCCUGGGGUCUACCUCUGCGAGGACCCUAUCUGUGGCAUGCAGCUCCAGAAUCAAAGCGAGCUCCGCGCCCCGUCGGCGGAGAAAGCUGCCUUCUUCCUGGAUGCUGCCAUCGCAUCCCGGAGCAGCAGCAGGCCCGACUGUGACGAGGAGGAGCAACGCAACUCACACAUGCUCUUCACCCUGCACAUCUACCAGUAUCGCAUGGAGAAGACCGGCAAGGGAGGCAUGUCUGGUGGACGGAGCAGACUGCACCUAAUAGACCUGGGCAGCUGUGUGAAGGUCCUAAGUAAGACCCGGGACAGUUCCACUGGCCUCUGCCUCUCUCUCUCUGCCCUGGGAAAUGUCAUCCUGGCUUUGGUCAAUGGCAGCAAGCACAUCCCCUACAAAGACAGUAAGCUGACAAUGUUGCUUCGAGAGUCUCUUGGCAACAUGAACUGCCGCACCACCAUGAUCGCCCACAUCUCCGCCUCGCCGACCAAUUUCUCUGAAACCCUCUCCACCAUCCAGAUCUCAUCACGGGUUCUCAGGAUGAAGAAGAAGAAAGCCAAACAGUACACCUCCAGUUCCUCUGGGGGCGAGAGCUCUUGUGAGGAAGGGAGGAUGCGUCGGCCCACCCAGCUGCGGACGGUGAACUCCCGGAACGUGGUUGACCCUGAAAUGCCUCUGCUGCACCUCUCCAGUGACCCUGACGACUACUCCAGCAGCGAGCAGUCCUGCGAUACCGUCAUCUAUGUGGGACCUAAUGGGUCCGCCUUGUCCGACAAGGAGCUGACAGACAACGAGGGCCCCCCUGAGUUUGUGCCCAUUAUCCCCUCCCUACAUAAGAGCAAGGCUGAGCAGGGGAAGACGAUGCCGCGGGCGGUCCCAGAGCCAGAGCAGGCCCACCUCCUCCUGCAGCAACGCCAACCCACACAGCCAGCACCGCCGCAACCGGGGCAGCAGGCGACACAGCCCCAGGAGGUGCAGGAGGAGGGAGGGGAGUCUGGAAAGCAGGAGAAGGACUGCCUGAAGUGCAACACCUUCGCCGAGCUCCAAGAGCGGCUCGGGUGCAUCGACGGGAGGGAGGAAGUCAGCAGCUUUCCCUUUGAGGAGCACUCCGCCAUCCGGGCAGCUGGGGUUGGGCCUGUUUACGGGGUCCUGGGGGAGGGUGCAGCCAAACCCGGUGCGGAGACCCAGGCACACGCAGUGGCCAGGCGCAUCUCAAACGAUCCGCAGCUGGAAGAGAUCCGGGAGGCGGUGGAGGAGGCAGAGAUUGCCCAGUCUAUGAUAGAGAGCCUGUCGAGGUCGGGGGUGGGGGGCCGUGCCCUCUCCACCAGCAGAAGCGUGACAGGCGGGAGCAGCAGUGGCAAUGCCACACAGCCUGUGCCUCUGCAGAGAGCCAGGAGCUCCAAUUUCUGUGACAGCAAGGAGGGAUCCAUUGACGCUAAGCCCCGACCCAUGGGCUCUCCCAGGCUGGGAGUGGCUAGCCUAACUAAAACUUCAGAGUACAAGCCACCCUCAUCCCCGUCCCAGCGCUGUAAGGUAUACACCCAGAAGGGCGUGGUACCCAGUGUGGCCCCACCCUCAUCCCCGCAAAGCUUGAGCAGGGAUAGUGGGAAGUCCUCCACGGAGUCCCUCCUGCAGCCUGAGUCCAGGACCUCCCCCGUAGGCAUGAGCCCUCAGGCCCCAAAAAGGUCUACAUCUCCCGUUAGCGCAAGCUCCUCCUCUGCUGAGACCCUGGACGAGGACCCAGGACCAGGAGUUGCCGCAGUUGCCACUGUGACAGUUCAGCAGCCACUGGAGCUGAAUGGGGAGGAUGAGCUGGUGUUUACCCUGGUGGAGGAGCUGACCAUCAGCGGGGUUCUGGAGAAUGGCCGGCCCACAAGCAUCCUCAGCUUCAACAGCGACUGCUCCUUGCAGGCCCUUGCUUCUGGCUCCCGCCCUGUCAGUAUCAUCAGCAGCAUCAGCGAGGACUUGGAGUGCUUCCCGAGAGCUGUCAUCAGUACCACCUCUACUCCCACUUCCGCCACCAUCUCAGAGGUCAGUAUCUCCAGGAGCCUGCCUCUCCCACAGGUUGAGGGGGAAGCGGAGGUGACCCUGCCCAGCCGCCGCUCCUCUAUUAGCUCCUGGCUCAGUGAGAUGAGCGCUGGCAGUGAUGGAGACCAGUCCUGCUACAGCUUUGUCGCCCAGCAGGGCUACGGGCAGGGGGAGGCUCUGGCUGAGCCCCUUCAGAUUGACUUUUUGGAGGAAGAGCCAUUUGAGGACACAAGCAAAGAUCCAGAAGAGGCAGCUGCGGACAUGGAGGUGCCCACUGAGGGGAAUGUUCCAGAAAAGAGUGUGCCGAGCAAAGAGAAGCUGAAGAGGCUGACUAAAACCACAGUCACUGUUUCCAAUGCACAGAUCCUGGGUGGCCUGGGUGGCCUGUGUGGCCAGGGUGGCCUCUUCCCUAUCAGGACCAACAUCAUGGUCCAUCCCUGUGUGGUCGUCAAGCCAAUGAUUCACCAGGACUCGGCCCAGGUGACCUCCCUCACAAAGAGCCUGCAAAUGAAAGGCACCAGGGCGAAGGCCCUCUUGGUCUCUGGUGACAUCUGCUUUGAGGACCCCUGGAUGAAGAGGGAUGGCGACGAGCCCAAGUCACGGGAGCCAGCCUGUGAGGUGAAGCCAGAAAGGAGGGCGGUGGACGCGGUGAAGAGCUUGAGCCCUGCCGACAGGCUCAGCUCAAGCAGUGGGGAGGCGGCCUGCUCCCCUGACGCACUCAAGCGGGUAGUGGAUGGCUGUGAAAUGGUUCUGGAUGCGUCAGAGAACCUUGCUCCAGCACAUUCGCCCGACGUCCUGCGCACGGCCAGCCUCCCACGUGGUUGGCACCGUAUGAACAGACAUGACGGCCUUGAUGAUGCCUCUCUGCGCUACACCGGUGGGGAGCACAGGGGCCCUGGGGUCACCAGCUCUACCCCCUGCAGCCCCAGGUCCACGCUCGAAAGGAAGGGGUCGUCCUCGAAGCAGGGCCUCUUCGCCCGGCCGAAAGGAAUGCCGCCUCUGCCUCCAGUGAGGAAGUCUAGCCUGGACCAGAGGAACAGGGCUGGCUUGCAGCAUGGGUCAGGGAGCACCCAGGCAUUGUUCAUGGGCUGCUCGGCUGAGGAUUCCGGCAGCAACGGAAAGCUAAAAGGAACCGGCGUGGAGAGCAGCAGCAGGCUCUUCAGUGCGAAGCUAGAGCAGCUGGCCAGCAGGACCAACUCCCUGGGGAGAUCCCACAUAGGGCACUAUGACUGCCUGUCUCUGGAGAGGGCUGAGAGCCUUGGCUCAGUCGGCUCCAAGUGCAGCAUUGGGAGAGACUGCACCAUGCCCAGAGCUGGCAGGAGCCUGAGCCGUGGCUCGGUGUCCUCGGCCGCUGCAGGCCCAGGGGGAAACGGCAACGGACCGCAGUCGCCCAAGGCCAGCCAAUCCAAGAUCUCAGCGGUCAGCAAGCUCCUCAUGGUGAGCCCGAAGGCCCGGAGCCUGUCGGCCUCCAGCACCAAGACCCUGAGCUUCUCCACUAAGUCCCUACCACAGGCCGUGAACAGGAGCUCCAGCAUGCCUCCCAAUGGGAAGAACCAGGCCCAGAACCAGAAUCAGAACCAGAACCAAACCCAGAAUCAGAAUCCGAGCACCUGGUCAACCCAGUCCCUGAGCCGGAGCAGGGGUUCAAGCCUUGCAGCCAAGCUGCCCCUACGGGCCGUCAACGGGCGGAUCUCUGAGCUACUCCAGGGCAGCGGGGGUUCCCGUGCCGGGCACGCCCGGGCCGGGGCAGAAUCAGAGGAAAGGAGCGGGGCCCAGGGAGAGGAGAGAUCGACGGUGGUCCACACCCUCCCCUCGCCUUACAGCAAGAUCACCGCCCCCCGCAAGCCCCAUCGCUGCAGCAGCGGGCACGCCAGCGACAACAGCAGCGUUCUGAGCGGCGAGCUGCCCCCGGCUAUGGGCAAGACGGCCCUCUUCUACCACAGCGGGGGCAGCAGCGGCUACGAGAGCAUGAUGCGCGACAGCGAGGCCACGGGCAGCACCUCCUCCGCCCAGGACUCCAUGAGCGAGAACAGCAGCUCCGUCAGCAGCCGCCGGAGUCUCAAGAACUCGAAGAAGAGGAACAACGGAGGGUCCCAGCGGAGGCGACUGAUCCCCACGCUUUCCCUGGAGACCUCCUCCCCGGUCAGGAAGCCCAUCAUCAGCCCCGGGGUGCGCUGGGUGGACGGCCCGCUCCGCCCCACCCAGCGGACCUUGGCCGAGCCCUUCGAGAUCAAGGUGUACGAGAUCGACGACGUGGAGCGCCUGCAGAGGAGGAGGGGUGCGGGCAGCAAGGAGCUGGUGUACUUCAGCGCCAGGCUAAAGAUCCUGGAGCAUCGGCAGCAGAGGAUAUCCGAGGUGCGGGCCAAGUACGACUGGCUGAAGAAGGAGCUGGAGCAGACUAAGCAGUAUCUGAUGCUGGAGCCAGAAAAGUGGACCAGAGAAUUUGACCUACAGCAGACGUUUGAGGUAGACUCCCUGGAGUACUUGGAAGCCUUAGAAUUCGUCACCGGGCGACUGGAGAACCGGGUCAACUUCUGCAAGUCCCACCUGAUGAUGAUCACCUGCUUCGAUGUCACCUCCAGGCGGCGGUAGAGAAGGAGACGGCCUUAGCCCCCUCUCCGCUUCUGUACAGCAAAGGACCCAUGGAAAGUUGAGCAGCUUGGUCGAGGUGGGAGGAAACGGACACGGUGAGAUGUAUCGGUUAUACACGGUUUUCCUGGUAUUAAGGAGCGAUAGGCAAACGGAUAAUAUUUUUUAAAAGUCGGGAGAAGGGAAGAACGGGCGGACUGCGGAGACUUGACAGCAUUUGAUGACACGCUAUCUCCAGCGAGACUGGCAGAGCACUUUCUUUGAGUAACUUACGAGUCCUAAGGUUGUAAAUAAGUCUUGCAUGCUCGCUUCGAAGAAGACCUGACAUGCCAGCGGAAUCCAUCAAGUGUGGAGAGAGAGAGAGAGGGAGAGAGAGAGAGAGAGAGAGAAAACAAACGUGAAAAAGAAAAAAAGGACAACAAGUGCCUUGCGAAGACUUCUGUAUUGAAAUUGUUUAUUUGUGUACAGUUGGUGCUAGCUGAAAUAGAUUUAAAAAACGAAAAAAAACUACACAAAAAAAUGCAGCUCGUUUUACUCGGUGUUUUAUCCUGACUUGCUGUUUUAUCAGUCCUUUGUACUUGUAUUGUUAUAUAAUAGACUAAAAAUUCCAACAUGUUACAAAAUGUUAUGUGUAUGUUUUCUAUUAUUUUUUUAUCCUCCCUAAAAAAAAAAAAGAAUCUCUGAGACCAUUUGGAAUGUGUGGGUUAGAAUAAAAAAACGAGGCGAAAGGUCGGUUUGGCUCAUCACGUUUUUUGUACCGUUCUUGGCAACCCGUGGAGCAAGACCAGGUCUUCCCGUGUAGCGGCAUGAAGAGAACGACAGAGCUGCAUUUCUCAUGGCAUCGAGACGGAGCGGGCUUAAACAAACCCUAACUGCAGGAGCUGCCAAUCCCAGUGAGGUAGAACGAGAAAACGACCGUCGCACUUAAAGCGGUUCAGUGACCUUUGUGUUUUUUGGGCGUCCGAGGCCACAUAUGGAAAGGUUUUAGCUUCGCCCAAAGGGAAAGCCCUCGUGUUUCACCUCGAGACGGUCCGUAUUUCACUGCUGGAAACGAAAACGGUAUUUGGUGUAACGGCGUGGUCUGAAUGAAGCUGUGGAGAAUGAAUUUAACUGCUGGACCAAGUAUGUUUUUCCUUGACAUUGGGGGAAAAAGAAACGAUAAUUAAAUAAGGACUGUGCGAUCCAGGUCCUGGGGAGCUACUCAGUGUACGCUGCUUAUCGUGUAAACCGGUUGCUACAGCUCUAGCGGCUAAUUAGCCUUGUAUUCCGAUGCCGAUUCUCUUGUGUAUAAUAUCAUGUUUCAGAACAGGGUACAGUCUCCAGAAGUCAUAUUUUAUCAAGCAUAAAAAAACAUUUCAGAUUACAUUAAUUUGUAGACCAAUUCAGACAGUUUAAUCAUGAGGGAUUAACAGUGGCAGUGACCUAGAAAAGAAUCUUAGAGUCCACCCCUGAACUAAACACAGACCCCAGUGAAGUCUGAAACAUUGCUCCCCUCUCAAAGGCCUCUUUUACAAAAACUACAACAACAAAAACCCAUUCACUCCAUGUGGUCUCAUUGCAGUGGUGGUGCACACACCUUGGCUAUGUUGGUGCUUCAUAGUUUAAGCUCUACAUGUUUAUAUAUACAUAUAUACAUAAAGUCUGCUUCCUGUACUAACUGUAAACCCACCUACUUCCUUACCUACUUCCCCCCCCCCCCAUCAGCAAUACAGGCUGCUGGACUAUCAUACCCCACCCCAUUACCUUUAUCACAGUAAUGAAUGAAGGAAAUUAUUUAUUUGCAAACUCAGGAGGCCUGUUUGACAAGAGUUGCUUAUAUUAUAUAAUUUAUUUACACAAUAUGAUUUGCAAAGUGCUAUGCAUUUGACCAGUAGCUAAGCCCAUUUAUAUAUAUAUGUAUAAUAUAUAUAUCAUAUAUAUACACAUCUAUGCGCGUCACAUUCUCAUUCUAUGUAUACACACACACGCACACAUUCUUUCAUUUCUAUUUUAUAAAUGUUUUCCUUUUUCUGCGAACGUGCUUGUCUUGAAUCGUGCGGGAGAGGGGGUAGAAACCUUUUGAUCUGAAAUCAAAAGGCAACGGAAUGCCGUGUUGGUUUGCAGGUCUGUGUUUGUCCAUGGAAGAUUGCUUUUAUGACCUUGUGAAUCUUUGGCCAUGCUUUUACAAGUAACACGGUGUGGUGUGCAGUGUAAAGCAGAAAAGGUUUUUACCUUCUUUUUUUUUUUUAACCAUUAUUUUAUUUUUUACACAUCUGUUCACGAGUAGUGGCUAGGCCGGAAGUGUGACUUUCAACAUUGGUGUGGAUUCACAAACGUGUUUUUGUUUGGUAUGAUAUGUAUUGAAAGAACUAUUGAAAUUCCUUAAACUCUUUAGAGGAAUGAACGAGGUGAUGUCCGAAGUAUACAAGUAAAAAUGAGAUGGAAAAGAGUUCAACUGCCAUAAGAAUAAAUAAAAUAAGAAUAAAAUGAAUAUGAGUGCGACAGGAGGACAAAUGUAAAUAAAGGAGUGUUGGAAGAAAUAA